AUGAAGGUUAACACAGCCCUCGUGCUUGUCACAUUAGCAUCAAUUUCCUCAGUUGCAUUCGGUACAGCUCUAGGCACUAACAAUUUCUGUGUUGGAGAUGACAUUACUCUCCUUGGAUCGGGAUAUGCCAAGGGUCUUAGAAACACAGAAAAAGAUUCAGCAGAAGUUUCAGCAUGUGAAGAUUAAUUCGGAAAGGUUGGCAAUUUUGUAGAGGAGUUAGUUACCCAAGCUAAGAAUUUCAAAUGGCUAGAGUCAAGCAGUUACAACAACUUGAUUACACAACUCAUUAAUCUCGUUGUUCAACAGAGUGAUGUCGAUACUGCUUGCCAAUCUAGUAAAUUAACCAAGGCCUUAAGUACCAGAUCUGCAACUUUUCCAGGAGCCCUUGAUUUGGUUACAACAAUUGCCUAUGAUUUCAUUAAAAAGGGAACUUUCUACUAGAGCUUCUAGACCUUGAAGUCUGCAUCAACUUAAACCUGCGAUGCUGUUGGUAAUGCCGUUGGUAAAAUGGUUUAUACUGCAUUACAAACUGGCCCAGAUCUCAAAAUUGAUACCCAGAUCACUAUUACCUUCGUUACAUCCCAAGAUGAUUCAUCUAUUUCCACAAAGCCAACAACAUAAUGA